CGGCAGUGACGUAAGAGUACUGAAUUGUGGGUAGACACGCGAGUGUAAAUAGGGCUGCCGUGAACAGGAAGUGUCUCAUUUCAUUCGUGUAGGCAAGAUGUCUCACCGAAAGUUCAGCGCCCCUCGCCAUGGCUCUAUGGGAUUUUAUCCGAAAAAGAGAUCGCAGAGGCAUCGUGGUAAAGUGAAAGCGUUUCCAAAAGAUGAUCCAACGAAACCUGUUCAUCUUACUGCAUUUAUUGGCUAUAAAGCUGGCAUGACGCACGUGGUGAGAGAAGCAGAUAGACCUGGUUCAAAGGUUAACAAAAAGGAAAUUGUCGAAGCUGUGACAAUUUUGGAGACGCCUCCAAUGAUCAUAGUUGGUGUUGUUGGGUACAUUGAAACUCCACAUGGUUUAAGAGCCCUUCAGACAGUGUGGGCAGAGCACUUGUCUGAGGACUGCAGGAGACGUUUCUACAAAAACUGGUAAGUUUCGUUCUUUGCUAGGAAGCUAGAUUUU